AUGGUCCAAGUUAAAAUAGUUUCGGAUCUAUGUUCAACUACCAGAGACAUUCCCUUACAAUGGAGCUGGGAGCAGCUUACGUCCAAGCUAUAUGAAUAUACCGGUGUUACACCCCAAGAUAUGAAACUAACAUUUAUUUUCUCUGAUGGACCCUCAAUGGAAAUCUGCCGCGCUUCAUGGAGUUCGGAGAAGCUCUCAGAAACGAUCAAAUUCACUUUGGAAUCAAUUGAAGUAAUAGACAACAAUGAGAAUUCUGUAGCUAAUCGUUUAGCACAAGAAUUGAACGGUGGAACCAAGGAUGAUGCGACGUUCGAGCUGUCAGAAGAAGCCUAUGAACAAAGAACAAACUCAGUACUAAAUUGGAAAAAACGGCUCCAAGUGGGGAAAUUCGACCCAGAAUACGUCUCAAAUGUGGAAAGGGAGCGUCGUGUACAGGCACUACAUGCCGAACAGCUUGCGAUGAAUGAGCGCUGCUCUGUCAUCACCACCAACUGCCCAGAGCGACGUGGUUGGUUACGAUUUAUCGGAAUUGUUCCACAGAUCAAUGAAAAUGACAUUUGGUGUGGAAUCGAAUUUGAUGAGCCUGUUGGCAAGAAUGACGGCACUUUUGCCGGCCAAACAUAUUUCGGUCCAACCCGACCAAAUUAUGGAGGUUUCGUAAAACCAACAGGCGUGAAAACAUCUCCAGACCUGGUGCCGCUGUUUGAUGAGGAUGAAUUUCUAAGUAGCGACGAGAUAUAA